AUGAAGAGAAAAGGGGAAAGAUCUAAGGCCGACGCUAAAUCCUCUGUCGCACAACAACAAGAAGAUGUUCAAAUUGAAAUUCAACAAAUUAACAAUAAAGAUAACGAAGGUGAUGAAGGAGGAGGAGGUGGAUUCUUCGCUUUCUACCUCUUGACCUCUCUGAGUCCUCGUUUCAAAGGCCACACCUACAUAGGAUUUACGGUGAACCCGCGGCGGCGGAUCAGGCAACACAAUGGUGAAAUUGGGAGUGAAGCUUGGAGAACCAAAAGUAAGCGUCCUUGGGAGACGGUUUUGUGUAUAUAUGGCUUCCCAACAAAUGUGUCUGCUCUUCAGGUUUUAAUCUGA